GUGUAACAUCAUCAACAACAUUCAGCCAUGAUCGAAUCAUCUGGCAUUGCUAUAGCAACGGUACACUCUAUACUCGUCGUGAUAGACAUCGUUGGAAAUUGUCUCGUUUGUGCGAUCAUAAAGAAACAUCGAGACAUGAGGACUCCCAUCAACUAUCUACUUGUGAACCUGGCUGUAGCGGAUGCCUUGUAUGCAACCUUUCUUACACCACAGACUUUCUUCACGAUCACACCCACCCACCCAGAAGGAAUAGCUGGAACAGUUUUAUGCAAAAUAAUAACAGGUGGAAACCUCGCCUGGAUUGCUGGAACCUCCUCGGUUGUUACUUUGGCCGCAAUUGCCACUGAACGAUAUUAUGCAGUAAUCUAUCCCGCUGGUAACGUGGGCAAACUUACCAAGCGUAAACUGAAGGUGAUCAUUCCUGGUUCAUGGAUCUUCGCAUUGAUAGUCAACAUACCACUGUUUCUGGCCUUAAACGUAAAGGACAAUGCCUGUGCGUGGACUGAAGAAUGGAUACAGAAAGUUUAUAUUUGGUACUGGACAGCCAUCGUAAUUGCAGCCAUAGUACUGAUGGCUGGGUUGUAUUCCAGAAUCGUGUGCACCAUCUGGUUCAAACAUGGGCCCGACAAUCAACUUACCUUUCAACAGAGGGGCGUCAUGAGAGUGCGGAAGCGAGUCACUUUGAUGGGGGUAACUGUCACUGCCAUAUUUGGAAUCUGUUGGGAACGCGAAGAAUUUUAG